UGCGACAACAGUCUUUUUGACAGAUGCUGUUGUCAUGGUAUCAUUCACUUCAGUUCAACAGUUCAGUUUGGCCAAAGACCGGGAGGGCAUUCUAAAUUUUGGGCUCUGCCGUCGCAGAAUAAUAACAAAGCGUUGCUAAAUCGUGGCCGCCGCGAAGUGUAAUUAUAAGAUGGCCGAAGCGCAGACGCGGCUGGAUGAGGCGCUGCAGGAAAAACCACGCACAUCCGAUACGGUAUCGACUCUGGCCAAGUAUGGCUACAUCGUGGGCGAUAUCAUUGGCCAGGGAGCGUACGCUACGGUGAAGAAAGCUUACUGGAAGAAGAAAAGGGCCACGGUGGCUGUAAAGAUUAUGUCCAUAGCCCAGGCAGGAACAUCGUUCAUAGAGAAGUGCGUUCCACGCGAGCUGGAAGUGAUACACAAGCUGCAGCACGAAAACAUCAUCCACUUUUACGAGUACAUCGAAACCACGAUGCGGUUUUACAUCAUUAUGCGGUACGCGGAGAAUGGAUCGUUGCUUAACCUGAUACGCAAGGAGGGUCGCUUGGCAGAGGCGAGAGCCCGGCGCUACUACCGUGAACUGCUCGACGCCUUGCAGUACAUGCACUCGCGCGGGUACGCCCAUCGGGACAUAAAGCUCGAAAAUCUGGUGCUCGACGGAAGCGAUCGACUAAAGCUGAUUGAUUUCGGGUUUGCGUGCCGGUUGCGGGAUGAGGAUAGUGCGUCUUCCGGCAACAUCCCGCAGCAACCGCAUCUGUCGGAAACGUUCUGCGGUAGCCAUGCGUAUGCCAGCCCGGAGAUACUGCGAUUCAAACCGUACGAUCCGGUACCGGCCGACAUUUGGGCGUCCGGUGUCGUCCUUUACUCGCUACUGUUCGGGCAGCUUCCGUUCUCGAACAAACGCAACGUCCGCGAAAUGCUAAAGAUCAUAGCACGUGGCGUACAGUUCCCAUCGACGGUUCGCGUGUCGCAGGAGGUGAAGUACUUGUUGAAGCAAAUUUUUGUACCGGUAGGCCAACGGCUAACGGGCGCCCUGAUACGCCGCUCGCUGUGGUUUUUCAUUGAGCUGAUCGAAGAGGAAGUAGCACGCGCGAGCCAAGACCAAGAAUUUCAGGCCCGACCGGCGCGGGCGUCGGACCAAGUUAAGCGCCAAAAAUUGAAUAAAGAUUAGGAAGAAGAAUGGAACUAACCCAGCUAGUAGCUAACAGUUCGGAUGCGACCAACAGGUACCUCACAAUAGGAAAGGUACCGAGAAGCCUUGUACUAAGGCGCACAUUCUCAUACAGAAAGUAGGUGCAAUAUUCACGGUGGCCCCGUUAAAUUCUUGCCAGCAAAAAGGGACGAUAAAUUACGGCGGACAUUGUGCGUCGCAUCCAUUUAACCUUGACCUUGUUUCGUGGUGUAAAUGGUGUACGCCUCUUUUUAGGGUUCUAUUGAUAAUGGUAAACUUAAAUUACAAAAGCAAGAAGCAAAACAAAUCACCCACCAGAGAGAUGGAAUGGUGAUGGAAUGUAAUUGCACUGGCAGGUUCGCGGGGUUUUUUUCUACAAUGGCCCGACGGGGCAUAUUAACGCGCGUAAUGGAAUUAUUCAUGACGCCAAAACUGCGCGGGGCCGGCCACGUGCAACGGAGUGCUAUAUUUAUAGUGUCAACAGAAUGUUAAAUGGUCGAAAGUAUAAUCUUUCACGGUACCACCCGUAACGUAUGUACCCGUACUCGGUACCCCACCGAGAACGAGAAUCCCACCAGCUGGUUGUUGGGACAUGGAGAAUUGAUAUUGCGCGUUUUGCGUUUCUAUUAAGACUAGUUUUUAAUAUUUAAAAAGAAUUAAGAACUUUGAAUAGGAAAAAAUAGAUGCAAUAAUUGAAGUUAUGGUUAAAAUUUUCUAGGGAUAAUAUUUCAGGCGUUGUAUAUUGAUAGAAUUAUUUAAAAAAAAAGUUUAAACUGCACUAACAUUAGAGAUAGUUUCCCUGAAAGGAUCCUCGCUUCAACAAUUGCUUAUACAUAUUGCUCAAUAAAUUGACGAAAGUUAACCGUUCUGGAAUGGAUGAAAUGCA